GAUUCAAUGUCCGUGUAGUAAGUGUUGAAAUAGAGAAUGGCAUCAUCGACGCAAAGUGCAAUCUCAUCUUAUUAAAAACAGCUUCAUGGAUGGGUAUUUUAUUUGGAAAAGACACGAAGAUAUUAUUCAUAAAAAACGACGUUGCACCCAAGUGGGUGAAUCAUUAAGUGCUGCUGCUGUCACCGCUGCUGCUGCUGCUGCUGCUGUCACCGCUACUGCUGCUACUAUGAAUAAUGUUCCAAGUGUCGAUCAACUCAGAGACAUGCUUCAUGAUGCCAUAGGACCAAAUUUUUUUAAUAAUGAAAAUAGUGCCACAGGGGUAAAAGAUGCAACACAAUUUGAUGCUAGUUUUGGUGAUCCAUAUGGUGUUAGUACCGAAUCGAUAUUUGAGGAGUCAAGAGGAGAUGCAAAAGAGUUCUUUAAUCUUUUGUGAACAGCUGAUACACCUCUUUUUGAAAGGUCUUGGGUAUAAAAAGUAUGAUGUUUAUGUGAACAAUUUCAUUUUGUAUUAUGGAGAAUAUGAAAGUAAUAUUAUUUACAGUGCUUGGUAUGUGAAGAGCCACGAUUUAAGCAACGUGAUGUGCAUUCUGCUAAGCCUAUACCAAGAAAGUCUUUGUGGUAUCUUCCAAUUAUUCUUAGACUUCAGAGAUUGUAUAUGUCUAGGAAAACUACUAAGCAUAUGACUUGGCAUUUAAAUUGUCAUAAUGAAAAUGAGAAAAUUUU